AUUCUUAACCACACGUUUUUAUGUCAAAAAGAAAUUCUAAGAAAAGGCAUUUCAGUACCGGAGUACUGAAUUAUAUAAAGCUAGGAACAAGUAUCAUUUCCUCAAAAAUUGACAAAAUGUUUGCAGUGGUGAUAUUGUGUGGAAUCUUUCAAGUUGGGUUUUCUCAAAUGCGAUUCAAUGAUCCAAACAGUCUUUUUUCACGGGCUAAUUUUCAAACUCCUUCACAAUGGACAUUAGAGCCCAUGCCAUCACAGAUCGUAACUUCUGGAUUUGGUCCUCAAUCACGAAGCGACCAGUUCCGAACAGGGCUGACUCCUCAAUUUCCGUCCAUUUCAAAUCGACAAAGGUUUCAGUUUCAAAAUCCAAGAUCAAGACAAACAAACCGUAAUUUCUUAGACCAACAACAACAACUUGACCUGCAGCGGUUUUUCAGCUCUCCUAGUACAUUGUCUACCGAAUUCGUUACUCAGAAUCAAGGUAGUUCACAAAAUUUUGGUCCCUCCUUUUGGGAUACCUUUUCAAAUCCAAUGGUUGCAGGCGUUCCAAAUCAGAUAGAUAUGUUUCAGACAGGAGCAGAAACAGGUUUUCCAAAUCAAAUAGAAAUGAUUCAAAAUCCGUUUGAUUCACCAUUCAAUCCUUUUCUUUCGAAUAAUUUGGAUAAUGCAGCUAUCAAUGAUCAACAAAUCAUACGAAAUGGACUGCCUGGUCUACGCAAUGACCCUCCGAAUAGACAGAAUAACAUUGGUACGCCUGAGGGGGAUGCUCCAAGUUGGUUAUCUAACAUUCCUCAGGGUAUUCCGUCUAGCAUUUCUUCCGGGAAUCGUAACAACGAUUCUACAUCGGAAAACACACCAGUCUCUAGAGAUGGAUUCAUCAACCCAAGGAACCGCUCCGAUAUAACCAACCUUUCUGAAUCAUUCGAGCGAUUUAGUCGGGGUAAUCAGGACUUCAGAAGACCUAACAUGCUAGGAAAUAAUGGACCCGUGCCAUUUUUAGGAAAUCAACAAACCGCACGAGAAAAUUUGUUCGGGCUUCCUCCAAGAAGGAUGGGAAAUUUGGUAUUUGGAAGAAGUGCCAAUGAUUUUAACACUGCAGACAAUCUAUUGUUUUCAGGGUGAUCAUGUACAGAAAUAUUUUGAAUUGUACCAAUGAAUCGGGAUUCGGUGAUAUUUUCUUAUUUUAACAAACUGUUUUCUGAAUAGAAAUAACUCUAAAGACAUUCGAUGAAAAACAAAGAAUGAAGAACAAUUAUUGAUCUUUUUAAAUUUGUAGUUGAAUGUAUGCAUAUUAUAUAAUCUAUACAAGUAUGCCUUGUUUUGUUUGUAUUAUAUUCUUUGUUUGUUUUAUGUCUUCUUCCAACGGGUUUAAUAAACUAUCAAAAUAUUCAUCA